CGAUCCUGAAUCUGGACAACACUGUGGUUGAUCUGGAGACGUUACAGGCGCUCUAUGAGAACAGAGCCCAGCAUGACGAGCUGGAGAAGAUCGAGAAACACAUGAAAUCCUCAAAAGACAAAGAGGGAAGCAAACCUCUGGACAAACCCGAACAGUUUCUCCAUCAGCUCUCUCAGAUUCCUGACUUCUCCGGACGAGUCUUCUGUAUUCUCUUUCAGUCCACAUUCACAGAGUGCAUCUCGUCCGUUCAGCGCAAGCUCCAGAUUUUGCAGAGAGUCUGCAAGACUCUUCAGAGCGGCUCCGGAGUGCUGCAGGUUCUCGGCUUGGUUUUAGCUUUUGGAAACUUUAUGAAUGGAGGAAACCGCACCAGAGGACAGGCGGACGGCUUCACGCUGGAUAUCCUUCCCAAGCUCAAGGAUGUCAAGAGCAGCGACAGCAGUAAGAGUCUGAUGUCGUAUAUCGUGUCUUACUAUCUGAGACACUUUGACGAGGACGCCGGCAGGGAGACGUGUGUGUUUCCUCUACCAGAACCUCACGACCUGUUUCAAGCAUCUCAGAUGAAGUUUGAAGACUUGACUAAAGAUCUGCUGAGACUCCGGAAGGAUCUGAGAGGUAAAGUCAAACGAAACUUCAGAUCUGCUCUGAUGCUCUCAGAUGGAUGAGUGUUGUGCUAAAAAGGUCUAUGGGUUAUUACUAACAGGUCUGUAGGUUAUUGUGGUGUAAAUCAGUGUAGUGGUGUGUGUUGCUAGGUGCUUAAGUAGUGCUUAUUAGUUUCUAGUGUUGUUAGACUGAAAAAAAGAGCAGCUAGUACUUCAAUGAGUUUGAAAAUACAAUGUGCACAGAAAAGAAUUGUAUAGGGUUUACUUUGAAUAAUUAAAAAGAAAUGGCAAGGAACACACUGGAUUAAAUAUGAAAUUGUAAAGUAGAAAUCAUUUCAAUAAUCUGUUCCACAGCUUUACAAGCAUUUAGUUUUACUGUGUGUGUGUGUGUGUGUGUGUGUAUAAAUGAACACAAUCAACACAAGAACUUUGAUCAGACAUCUGAAAUAAUUGAAAGCUGAAUCAUUCCUCACAGUGACGGCCACAUGUUAACCUGAGCGUUAUUAUUAGUGUGUGUGUGUGUGUGUGUGUGUGUGCGCUGUGGUCAGCCAUUAAUA